CAUAAAGGCUCACUCGCAUGCAGACGGACGCUAGCUGGCUAACGGCAUCAAAUCGACACGGGAAGCUUCGUGGUCCGGCUUUCUCUCCGCCCUCCCCCCUUACCUACCACCCCUACCCCGACGACGAUACGGAAUUUACGGGGACAACUACAGAGACAUUUCGGUGGCUAAGAAGAACAUAAGCUGAUUGAGAAUCGGUCCGGCUUCACUUCUACCCCCUAGCUUCUUUUUUUAAUUUGUUCGUCGGCGCAUACGUAAUUCCUUUUUAGCUUCGUCGGCUAACUGUGUGCUAGCUCGUAACGACAAGGCCCCGGGCGUCGUGUUGUGUGCGUGCGACACUUGCGUCGUCGGUUCUCACGGAGCGAGGCCCCAGCAUCCUGGCAUAUCACGGCCGGCCUUCAUCGCUCGGAUCGACAACCAGCAGCCGGAGCAGCCGCCGCAGCAGCAGCCCAACACAAGGAUGGCUUUGAAAAGGAUUAACAAGGAGCUUCACGACCUGGCUCGCGACCCACCAGCGCAGUGCUCGGCCGGCCCAGUGGGCGACGACAUGUUUCACUGGCAAGCCACAAUCAUGGGCCCUAGUGACAGUCCAUAUCAGGGAGGCGUCUUCUUCUUGACCAUUCAUUUUCCAACAGACUAUCCCUUCAAACCACCCAAGGUCGCGUUCACGACAAGAAUCUACCACCCAAAUAUUAACAGUAAUGGCAGUAUCUGUCUGGACAUUCUCAGAUCACAGUGGUCUCCAGCACUUACCAUUUCAAAAGUUCUUCUCUCCAUUUGCUCGCUGCUAUGCGACCCCAACCCUGACGACCCGCUAGUGCCAGAGAUUGCACGAAUCUACAAAACAGAUAAUAACAAGUACACCAAAAUGGCGAAAGAAUGGACGCAAAAAUAUGCAAUGUGAUGGAGGAAAAAAUGGUCUGGUGGCAGGAGGGGCGGGGGCGCAUUUCUUUGGGUCAGACUGAAAAAAAAAAGUUGGGCUUUUUUCCACUUAUAUAUAUUUUUUUGUUUAAUCCAGAGCAUUUUACACCCCCUCUUUGGUUUUCUCAUCUGUGCGCGAAUAAGAAGGUCGUGUUUUUCUCUCAGGAUGCGUGACGACAAAUUUUCCAGGAUUUUUAUUUUCUCUCCGGUUUCAAACACACACCCUGUUUGGCCAUGCAUGAUUAGCCAACACAUACAUGCGUGCGCACACAAAAUCAAAUUAGUUAACUCCAUCGAUUUGGCAAAAGACAAAGGGAGAAAGUGACUUACUGUGAGCAGAUGACCGCGUGGGCCUUUUAGCAUAGGAAGCAAGCGGUGAGCUGCGGCAACAAGCGUGUACAGAAAGAAAAGCACUGCAGUCCAGAGACAAAAUAUUAAAUAUGUUGUAUUUUAUGCAUGUUAAUUAUAAAAAAAAUAAAACGUAGGCUACUAUAUACAACACAUGAAUUUGGUUCCCCCUCUUGAGGCUUUUAUUUUAUUUUUCUCUCCUCCGAGCUCUAGAAGCCACCAGAUGAAUUUUUGGCUUAUGCCCCACACGAACUGUCUUCAUGUACGCCCCCUCCCUCCCCAACCCCCACAAGUAUGUAUAAUGCGAAGCUGGCGGUUGAACAACUCACGGCUGUUUUUAGUUUCCCCUUCAAUAAAGUUACUUCAACCUUAA